AUGAGAGAAUUGCCAAAGCUGACUUGGGUUUAUUUCCUGCUAAUAGGUUACCUCUACUGUAUUCAAACAAGCAGUUCGAGGAGCGGUGACACGACGUCGUCCAGCACCGCGGCAACGACGACGACGACAUGCUCCUUAACGACUACUACCACAUCGCCAACGCCUCCUGCUGAGACUUUGGACGGAACAUCUCCCGACUGUACGAAAUGGAAUGUUGUUGCAAGUGUCAACGAGGACUGCGGCACUCUCGAGUCGGAAUACGGCAUCACCCACGAGCAAUUCCUGGAUUGGAAUACCGCCGUCUCGGACGACUGUUUCACGAACUUCUGGGGCGGCUACGCAUACUGUGUCGGCGUCGGCUCCGGGGACAGUGGCAGCGCCUCCACCACCACGGCCGCAACUGCCACAACGACCAGCAGCCCGGCCACCGAGACGAGCACCACCACGGCUCCCGACCCGAACCAGGCGGGCAACGUCAUCUCUACCUGUAACCGGUUUGGGCAGGCGCAGGAUGGCGACUGGUGCACAGCCUUUGCCGACCGUUAUGGCCUGGCCUAUGCCGAUUUCUACAGCUGGAACUCAGUCCUGGGCGAGGAUGGAAGCAACUGUGGCGGGUCUUUCUGGGGUACUUACUGGUACUGUAUUGGCGUGUCCGUAUAG